AUGGUAACAUUUAACCUUAAAAAUGUAACCGAUGAACACUAUGAUCCUUCUAAUCUCAAUCUGAAGACGAUUUCAAUGGAACAGGCUUUAGAGUUAGAAGAACAGUCAAAAGUUAAUUUUUCAUCUCCAGAUUUUAUGUUUCAAUUUUUAUUAAUGGAAACACUUUUAAUUAAAGAAGUUAAAAGGAUAGAAGAAAGUAACUAUUGUAGUUUAGAAAGAGGCGAAGGACCAUAUGUAAAAAUCAAUUGGACCCCAAAUUUUGAGGAUUUCAUUUCAAACUCAUUAAAAAUAACUGAAUAUGAAAUUGGUGAAAAUUUUCAUUUUAGAGAUAAUUUAUUUCCUAAAAACUACUCACAAAUGAAAAGAGAUAAAGCUAAAAAAAGUUUAGAAUCACUUAAUUUACUUAAACACAAAGCUCGUAAAAUGAUAAGUGAGUUUCAAACAUUAAAAGAACAUUUAAAUGAAAAAAUUAGGGAAGUAGAGAGUAACUAUGCAUUAAAAGUAAAGGAGCAUAAUCAAAUAUCCUCUGAAAUAGAAAACCUAGAGUCACUUUUGUUAUUAGAUGAGCCACAACAACAAUCAUCUUCACCACAAAAACCACAACAACAACAGCAACAACAACAACAACAACAACAACAACAAUCUCAAAAGAAGGCUCACCAUAAACAAAAAUCACCACCUCAAAAAAAACCACAACAACCACAGCAACAACAACAACCACCACCACAACAACAACCACCACCACAACAACAACAACAAAACUCUGUUGGAAUUUUACCAAAGAUAUUACCAUCAAAAAGUUUGGCUGUAUUACCUUGUUCUGUAAAGGAUGCUGGUAAUUUAUUGUUAAAAUCUACACCAAGUAAGUUGCUUGCUGGUGCAGAUUCAAAAGAAGAACAAUUUUUUGAAAUAGAGAUUAUUCAUCUUCAUAAAUAUAUUGAAACAAUUGAAUUGGAAUUUGAAUUACAAGUUUUGCCUGAUCCCAUAUCAGAGCAUAAUCUUGUUCCAAUCUCAACAGAACCACAAGAGAUUCAACAAGGUGGAAGAGGAUAUAAACUUAAAUUUGCUACAACUGAGUUUAUAAAAUCCCCUCAUCAAAUGGUUACACUUGUACUUUGGGCAACAAUUAAAGGUACAGAAAUCUCAAGUAAUGCAAUACUAAAACCAAUUAAAAUCAUCUCUCUACAUAAUAGUUCCAAUAGAAUAAAUCAACAAAACUAUUGUGGACUUGAUGAAAAUUUACAAAAAAGAAGAUCACAACUUCUCAUUAAUAUCCAUAAAGGUUGUAAUAUUGAUGAAACCAUUAAUAAUAUUAAUAAUAUUAAUCAUAGUUUCACUCAAUUAUUUGGCACAUUUGAAUUUUAUGAACAGCAAAUGAAAAAAAAGAUAUUAAAAAAAGAAAUUAAAAAGAAAGAAUAUCAAAUUAAAUAUCCUUAUCCUCCAGAUUCUAGAACAGUUGCAACACAUUCAAUUAAUUUUAGAAAGACAGAUGCUAAUGGUAAUUAUGUUUGUCAUGGUGCUGUUGGUGCAAAUAAAGUUGGUUAUUUCUUGGGUUUCUUAAAAAAUGGUGGUGAAGAUUUUCCAAUUCUUAAAAAAGAUGAUAAUAAUAAUAAUAAUAAUAAUAAUAAUAAUAAAAACAAUAUAGCUGAAAGACCUGGUAGUAAUAAUAAUAUAGUUGAAAGACCUGGUAAUAAUAAUAAUAAUAAUAAUAAUAAUAAUAAUAAUAAUAAUAACAAUAAUAAUAAUAAUAAUAAUAAUAAUAAUAAUAAUAAUAAUGAUAGCAGUAAUAAUAUUAAUAAUAAUAACAACAAUAAUAAUAAUAAUAAUAAUAAUAAUAAUAAUAAUAAUAAUAAUAAUAAUAAUAAUAAUAAUAAUAAUAAUAAUAAUAAGGUAGAUACUAUAAAUCCAGGUAAUCCAAAUCAAAGAAAUAAACAAGGUCAAACACCAUUACAUUUAUCAACUCAUUAUAGAAUUGGAUAUGAAUUUACACGUAUCAUUUUGAAGAAAAAAGGAAACGUUUUUUUGAAAGAUAAUUUCGGACAAACUUGUUUCCAUUUGGCCGUGGAGAGAUGUCAUUCAACAAUGGUUUUAAAUCUACUGAGAUUGUAUCCCAAUCUGGUAUUUAAACAAAAUAAUCAUGGUCUCUAUCCUGUCCAUUUCGCAGCAAUGGAUGACACGGUCGAUAUCAUUGAUAUUUUCAUCGAUCAUCAAAUUCAACUACUGGAGAGAGACAAAAACGCGCCUUUGUUUAUCCUUUUCCAAGAUUCAGUCGGUAUGACCCCUCUACACUGGGCUGCUUCACUGGGUUUAACUAGUAUCUGCCAAAAGUUAGUCCAAUUUGGUGGUUGCAACAUUAGAGAUUUUGAAGGUGAAACUGCAAUUUUCAAAGCAAUUCGUUCGGCAAACCCUACAACUUUCCAAUAUUUCCUUAGUCUUCCCGAAGUUGAUACCUCCAUCAUUAAUUUCAACGGUAUGGGUAUAGAGUCUCUAUUAAAAUUUAGAAAUGUUAAAAAAAUUCAACCAGAAAUUUGUCAAUUCUGA